AUGAAGCGCCUUGAGGGAACAGUACGCAAGCGAUGGCUCAAGCGGACAAGGGAGCAACGCAAAAACCUCCUGCUCAGCGCUUGGCCGAACAUGGCAGCACUUCAUCGCCCUGAUAUUGAGGCAUUCAGGAGGGAGCCACCAGGAAAUCCGGAAUAUCGCGAGGCUUACAUGUGGCCGCAUGUCAAUUUGGAGGAUCUCUUGAAUCCCAAGCUGCUGCUGAUCUUUUUAAAUGCCCGUGGCCGGCAUCCGCCCCAUGCUUUUAUCCAAGCGGACUGGGCGUCGGUUGAUUUUGGUCGCGCUACCACCAACAUCAUUCGUGCGUUGAUGGAGAAUCACGUCAUGAUAUUCACUGGACGUACAACCCCAGAUACCUACGGAGAAUUCGUCCAAUGCGAUAAUGACCGGGCGUUUGAACCUGAAUCAGGGCGCGAAAUGAAUCCAGGUGAUGGGCUGUUGAGUCUGGAGAUUCAAGAGCGGCUCUACCGGUUCCUUGUGGAUUGUUGUAUGCUGUUGCUGCCGGAAUACACGCGCGAGAGCAUAUUGCAGGCCGAUAUUCCCAUCCAGCCUGAGCCCCCGGUAAUCACGACUUCAGAGUCGGGCCUCGAUUUACUCUCCGUGGUGGCGGCGGAGGCCCCUUAUCGUCUGCCUGCUCGUCUGGACAUCGACCGGCUUCACAGUAUCGUUGCAGCCAAAAAGAGCGCAGCAGAAGAUCAUAUCUGGGCGUUGCGUGAGGAUCCUGGAUACUUCUUAGAAGCGCUGCUCGAGAGAAAAGAACAUCGACCCGAGUUGGUCCCGGAUGCGCGUGGUCAGCUACAUCCGUCCACCAAACCAUUCGCCAUCAAAAAGCUCUGGAAUAAUAUCAUCAGUGGAGUCGUGUCUGACGCUUACUUCCAGCUGGGUCUGUGGGCUGAAAUUAAUGAUCAACUAGAGGUGAUUGAACGGUUGAUGACAAAACAUGCGGCGGUGAUACGUCCGGAGAAUGACCUCCCUCGCGCCCUGGAGUGGAGAUUUAUGAAACUCAUCUGGCUUCUGGAACGUAUGGUCCGAGGUCCGAUUAUCAACCUGAAAAUGGGAUUUCCCCCAUCUCCACCCAUCCGGUCAUUUUUCCUUCGCGCCCCGCCGCAAUAUGGUCAAGACAAUAUCCGUACCAUGCCCAAGGACAGCUGGGUGGCGGAUAAGAAACGCAGCCGUUUGUCGUGGAUCAUGACCACGCUUUGGGAUGAGAAAGACCGACCCCUUGCUGGAUUGACCAAUCUUACAGACGAGUUGCAGCGGUUGAUCGAAAAUGAUAAAUAUAUCAGGGAUCGACAUGUUGACCAAUGGUCGCAAUUCGAGAAAUCCAUGGACGGUGACUUUUUCGGCGAGUUCUGUGAUCCUACCGAUGGCCGGUUCAACUAUCCGGUUGACAAACGUCGCACCAAAGAGACUACCAUCCAGAUGCAGCAGGCAGAAGCUGCGUUGGAUGAAUUCUGGAAACAGGUGGACUUGCGUCUAGUGAAUAAGAAGAACAUGUCGCAGCACGCGACGGUCCGGGGGCUGCUUUCUCAAUCGCAUAUCCGGACUCGAACCCCAGAUUGGGUGGAACCAGCCAAAGAUGCCGAUCUGGAUGUGCCUGAAGAGUCCAAUCUUCCUAUUUCUGUGCUGUACUAUGAAUUGGAUAAACGUACCCAGCGCACGCUGGAUGUCGAGAAACUUGAACCUGCUCGAGAGAAGGUCAAAACCCGGGGGACUGCAUCGAGGGGAGCUGAUGACAUCGAAGAACCCAGCCACGGGCCAGAUAUCCAGCCCACAUUCACCGUGGACAAGCGCGCUUACAAAGUAUUCACGACACUGUUCUACGUUCCAUCUAGGACAUCUCAGCCUGGCGAAAUCCCUUGGACGGACUUUCUGCAUGCGAUGGUAUCCACUGGGUUCCGCGUGGAGAAGCUGUAUGGUUCUAUCUGGCAAUUCAGUCCCCAGCGUCUGGAUGUUGAACGGAGUAUCCAGUUCCAUGAACCACAUCCGAGUGGAAAGAUCCUGUUCCGCACUGCUCGACGACAUGGUCGACGUCUGUUCCGAGCGUAUGGCUGGCACUCGGGCAUGUUCAAACUUGAAGAGUGA